AAGCUGCUGCAGUUCCUUGACCUAGUGACAUAUUAUGCCGAGUGUAUAUUAUGGCUUAAAAAGUAUUCGUUUUAGAGCGGCGAUGACUAGGCUGUUCGAGUACAAAAAUGUCUUAGGCUAGAGGAGUAGAUUAAUUUCUUCAGGACCCGGAGUGGGACACGAGCGCCGUCAGAUCACCGCGUAUCAACAACCAAAGACCUAGCCAGCAGACGUCGCAACAGAUCAUUAAGGAUGUGGAAGGACGAGGAGGCAGAGGAGGGGGGCGUGGCCACGGGAGUCGUCAGUCUCUUCGGACCUGAAGACUCGGUGACCCCCAAGCAGAAAAGCGCCAAGGAGAAGAAAAACAGGGCGCAGAAACAGCAUCGGCAGAAGGACAAGACGAACAAGAAGGAACCGAAAGCGAGACAAAAAGAUAAGGACACAAUGGACACCUUCCUUGGUUUAUUUGACCCAACACUGGAAGAUGAGACAACGGACGACAUCGAUGAACUAAAUGGGAAUGUUGUGGAAAAGAAUCAUGAGAAUACACAGUACAAGAAUUGUAAAAACUCAUACUCUCUCCGAUCGGAGACUCUGGGGGGGGUGCGCAGAGGUCCAAGAGUUGCCAUAAUGCCUGACCAGCUCCCCUCAGAGCCCCAGGAAGGGAACAUUGAAUACAAACUGAAGCUGGUCAACCCAAAUCAUGAGAGAUUUAAGAGACUAGUAUCUCAGAUGCAAUGGCGACUACGUGAGGGCCUUGGAGAAGCUAUAUACGAGAUAGGAGUAGAAGAUUCUGGGAUAUUAUUGGGUCUAACGCAGGAGGAGCUUGGGGCAUCCAUGGCUACGUUACGUCGAAUGGCUAAACAGCUUGGAGCGUCACUAACGGUUAUACGUGAGAAAACAAUUUCAGGCCACAAUGGCGAGAUUCGCAAAGCAGCAGAAGUUCUAGUCAGAAAGGUACCUGAUGACCAGUACAGCAUUGAACUGAGAAUUGCCGUUUUAGGCAAUUCUGAUGUAGGAAAGUCUACGUUACUUGGUGUUUUGACAAGAGGAGAAUUAGAUAAUGGCCGAGGGUGUGCGCGAUUAAAUGUUUUCCGGCAUAGACACGAGGUCUGCUCAGGCAAGACUUCUUCAAUAUCUUUACAAAUAAUGGGAUUUGACUCUCAGGGUAAUGUGAUAGAUCAGACGUGCACCAGGAGCAGGGACUACGAUGAUGAGGAUAUCUGCAGUCAAUCCAUCAAGAUAAUAAACUUUAUUGAUCUGGCUGGGGAUCAGAAGUACCUCAAGACUACUGUGUUUGGCCUUUCAGGAUACUCUCCACAUUAUGCUGUCUUAGUUGUAAGUGCUUUCUCCGGAAUGGCUCCCAUGACUGAGGAGCACCUGAGUCUUGCUCGUGCUUUGGAUGUUCCCAUUGUCAUUGUGAUAACCAAGACUGACAUGGCCACGCCACAACAGAUUCAGAGAACCAUCAAUGAUCUCAAGCAAACAUUAACUCAGCCAGGAUACAAACGGGUGCCUCUGUUAAUUCAAAAUGAAGAUGAUGCAAUAACAGCUGGAAGUAACCAGCUAGACAACAAUGUUGUCCCUAUUUUUUGUGCCUCGAGUGUCACUGGUGAUGGGCUUACUCUGCUCAAGAAAUUCCUUUUUGUUUUACCGCCAAGGAUGAGCAACAAAGAGAGGGAGAAACUGGAGCAGGAACCAGCUGAGUUCCAGAUUGAUGAGGUUUUCCAUGUAGACCACAGUGUGAUUGUUGGAGGGCUGCUUACCAAGGGUGUCAUUAUGCAAGGAACAACACUCCUUUUAGGACCAAUGGAUAAUUGUACCUUUGUACCUGUUACUGUUGGGUCAAUUCACCGAAACAAAGUGCCAUGCAGGGUAGUUUGCGCAGGACAGUCAGCAUCUCUUUCUAUCAAAGGACAAGAUCUUAGCUUACGGAAAGGCAUGAAAUUAAUGAGCAUUGAAGCAAGACCCAGAGCAUGUUUUUAUUUCCAGGCAAGAACACAAGUACUUCAUCAUUCAACAAGCAUAUGUCGUGGAUUCCAGGCAACAGUACACAUUGGUAAUGUACAACAGACAGCUGUUGUUGAAGGCAUUCUUGGUUCCCGAGGGUUACACACCAACGAUCGUGGCUCAGUCAUUUUCCGCUUCCUUCGACAGCCUGAGGUUGUCCAGAAUGGGGCAAGAUUAUUAUUUAGACAAGGGAUGACGAAAGGUAUUGGGCAGGUAAUACAAGUUUUUGAGGAGGAACCAGAUAAUGUGAAUCUGUACAAUGGGUAUGAGAGAUAGGAAGCUAGUUUUGGGGACUAAUUGCUUAUUAUUAGGUUUGUAAGUCUUAGUAAACAUAACUUAAUAAAAAAAUAUUUGAAAGUAUAGCUAGAGCUAAAGGUUAAUCAUAACAUAUUGUACCUUGUGAGCUAUUUUCCAUUCCUUAGAAUUUAAUAUAAAAAAGAAAACAAAAAAUGGAAAGGAUUAAUAUUGUAACCUCCCUUCCUCCUGUAAAUCAUAGGUAAUAUUUUUUGAAUCUUAACCCUUUGCUGUGGAAGCUGCCAACAUGGAUUAUGAAGAUUUUUACUGUGAUUAGAUUCUUGAAAAUUUUGAUGUAAAUUUUAGUUUCUGUUUAAUAUUCUUGUGUAAGAAAUAGAAUGGCUCCUGUACAGGUCAAGGUGGAAUUUGAGAUAGGUAUAUGUUUUGUUAAAUAACGAUAUGCUUGCCAGUUUAUGAUAAUCUGUCAAUACCGCUAAAACCCUCAUUUUAGAGAGGUUAGUUUGUCAAUGCCGCUAAAACCCUCAUUUUAGAGAGGUUAACAAUGUUGUACAAAGCUCCUUUGUAUUAUAUUCAGUAUCUGUUUAACACAAAGUAAGUCUCAGAACUGUAAUGCUUAUUUUUAAAGAAGCCAAAGAAGGAAACGGUAGCUUUAUUUUGCUGUUUGCUGUUCAAGAAUUAAUGUGUAGCCACAUCCACUGUUUAAGUUAUGUUUCACAUCAGUAACUAAUUACAGGAGAGUACUGUAUUGAUAAAAGUGUGUUUGUAUACCAGUGAUCAUAUAAGUAUUCACAAGUUCUGUCAAGCUAGACUAUGAGCAUGACAUGAAUGACAAAGUGCAAUUGCAAAUGAUCAAGCUUACCCUGAUAAACAAAGUAUCAGGGGAGAGUGAUGUAAGGAAAAAAUCACUUUCUAAAAUUUCUGAGUUUUAGAAGUGAUCAAGUUUAUGGUAAAAAGUAAAUGCAAAGGAUAGAAAAAUGAUUUAAGAUAUUUUUUUUGCAGGCGAUAGGUUGAUAUGAAGUUCAUGAUAAAAAGGAAAUGCAGAGAAUU